ACAUGACAACCCUAGUUAAUGAAAUUACAAGUGUUUUGUUAAAAGAAUUGGAAGAAAAAGCAUUUGCCUUUUUUGACCACAGUUUUGGACCUUAUGUUAGUUUUGCAGUUGCACUACACUUGAAAGAAAAGUAUGGACUGGAGCCAAUCCAUCUUUUUGUAUCUGGGGGACAUGCCCCAAACUCUGAAGUGUUCCUUGAUGUCAAAAGGAUGCCCAUACAUGAUGCAGAAGGUGAAGAGGUUCUUAAACAUAUACAAAUGUUAGAAGGAACUUCUGAGAUUCUGCAAAAUGAAAACAUUAAGAAACGUCUGAUACUUACUUUCAGAGAAGACCAUAGAAUUCUUCAGGCAUACAGUUUUGAGACCACAGAAAAGAAUUUUCCCUUCUCUUGUGAUAUUACCUGCUUUAAUGUGGCUGAAGAUAAACCAUAUGAUUUAGAAGCCUGGCAAGAUCUAACAAGUGGAGAAACUUCCUUCUACAAGCUUCCCAGAGGUCACUUUUAUCUGCUGGAACCCUCUAAUGAAAUAGUCUUGGCAAAACACAUAACAAAAUGCAUAGAAAAUGCUGCUCUAUGA